CCGUAGGAGCGCGCGGGUCACGAGUGCCCGCGCGGCCGGUGGCGGCGACAUGGCCUCGGAGCGGGAGGUGCGCGCCCGGCUGCAGCGCGCGGGCCAGGAACACCUGCUGCGCUUCUGCGCCGAGCUGCCACCGGGUCCCCGCGCCGCGCUCCUGGCCGAGCUGGGGGCGCUGGAGCCGGAGGCGCUGCGCGAGCACUGCCGGCGCGCCGCUGCGGCCUGCGCGCACCCCCCGGGGCCGCCGCCCGACCUGGCCGCGCGCCUGCGGCCCCUGCCCCCCGAGUGCGUGGGCAGCGCGAGCCGGUGCGACCCGGAGAUGCGGCGACUCUGGGAGGAGGAAGGUUUCCGCCAGAUCUCCCUGAACAAGGUGGCCGUACUGCUGCUGGCGGGGGGGCAGGGCACUCGCCUGGGCGUGACCUACCCCAAAGGCAUGUACCAGGUGGGGCUGCCGAGCGGGAAGACCCUGUAUCAGCUGCAGGCGGAACGGAUUCGGCGGGUGGAGCAGCUUGCUGGCCAGCGCCACGGGACCCGCUGCAACGUCCCCUGGUACAUCAUGACCAGUGAGUUCACACUGGGGCCCACGGCCAAGUUCUUCAGGGAGCAUGACUUCUUCCACCUGGAUCCCAGCAACGUGAUCAUGUUUGAGCAGCACAUGCUGCCUGCAGUGACCUUCGACGGCAAGGCCAUGCUGGAGCAGAAAGACAAAGUUGCCAUGGCCCCAGACGGCAACGGGGGGCUGUACUGUGCCCUGUCAGACCACCAGAUUCUCGAGGACAUGGAGCGUCGGGGAGUGGAGUUCGUGCACGUGUACUGUGUGGACAACAUCCUCGUGCGGCUGGCUGACCCGGUCUUCAUCGGCUUUUGCGUGCUUCGCGGCGCAGACUGCGGGGCGAAGGUGGUGGAAAAGGCGUACCCAGAAGAGCCGGUGGGGGUGGUGUGCCAGGUGGACGGGGUCCCUCAGGUGGUGGAGUACAGCGAGAUCAGCCCCGAGACUGCGCAGCUGUGCGGCUCCGACGGGAGUCUGCUCUACGGCCUGGGCAACAUCUGCAACCACUUCUUCACGCGAGACUUCCUCCGGAUGGUCAGCAGCGAGUUUGAGCCCUUGCUGAAGCCACACGUGGCUGUGAAGAAGGUCCCAUACGUGGAUGAGGAGGGAAAUCCGGUAAAGCCGAUAAAACCAAACGGGAUAAAGAUGGAGAAGUUUGUGUUUGAUGUGUUCCGGUUUGCUAAGAGCUUUGUGGCCUUUGAGGUGUCCCGGGAGGAGGAGUUCUCUCCGCUGAAGAACGCAGCCUCAGCUGCCAGGGACAACCCCGCCACCACCCGGCGCGCCCUGCUCAGGCAGCAUUACCGCUGGGCCCUGCAGGCAGGGGCCUGCUUCCUGGAUGCCGGUGGGGCCCGGCUCCCGGAACUGCCCAGCCUCCCCGGCAACAGAGAGCCGCCCGCCAUCUGUGAGAUCUCGCCCUUGGUGUCCUAUUCCGGAGAGGGUCUGGAGCCAUACCUGCAAGGCCGGGAGUUCCGGUCCCCACUCAUCCUGGAUGAGAACCAGGCCAGUGCCCUGCAGCUCUGACUCACUCACAGGACUGCAAACCCCAGGCCCUGAAAGGUGGGGACACAGGGAUCUCCGCCAGGGUGGGGCCGCUCCCAUCCUUGGUUCCGUAGAACACAUACCCAAAAACUGCUGUGGACCGAGGAGGGCUCUUUAGCUGAUCUCCGGCUUGGGGGGUCUGGGUGGGAGACAGAGGUGUGGCAUCCCUGGAGAGAGCAGUGACCCCGUGUCUGUUUGAGUGGAGACCGGAGGACCAGUGGCACCUCUAGCCGUACAUGCAGAUCACCUCCCAAGGGGCACCAGACACUCCAGCUUUUCUGCAGAUGCACAUACGAGGCAAAAAGAGAAUGGGACAGUGUCCCACCGUCCCACCUCCCAGGGCGCUGCGGCCAAGGAGCUGCCCCCUCCCUCCUCCUCUAGACGCUGAACUGGGACAGGACCCAGCCCCCACCUUCCCACCAGCCCCAACCCACACACAGCCGGCACACCUAAAGCUGGGUCCUCUCAGUUUCCCUUGGACGCCACGUCUACAGUGGGUUCGGGCUGCUGAAUUUUCCGAGCUUCCCCCACGACCCAGUGGGCCCAACGCCUGCGGCCUCACGUGGCGGUACAUCCAGCUGAGGUAUAACCGACCAGGGAGCUCCGUCCCCCGGCCAGCUUGCCAGCAGCUUGCGACAACCUGGGUGCUCAGGCUCCUCCCGGGUUCCACCUCCACCUGUGCGCCCACCUGGGCACGAGGGCAGGGCCAUGCCCAAAGCCCAGAGAAGGACUUUGCUUCCACCCAGGCUCUGCCAGUCCUUUGCAAACCUCAGAAUUGAAGCAUGUGCCUCAGGACCCUUCUCUCAGCUGCUCCACAGGCAAGCAGGGGCCCCGACAGAGGCAGGUCCGCCAGGUCAGGGGUCCUGCCCACAGCUGCGGCUCCUCCCCUCCGCAGCUGAACAGCCCUGCAGCCUCUUCCCGACGCCAGCUGGAAACACUACGGCAGAACAGCUCGCUUUGAAGGGCGCGGUUUAUUUUAAAUUCCUUACACCUUUACAUCACGUUUCAAACACCGCACGGAGCGGGACGGGGCCAGGGCAGCCGCCCUGGGGCAGCGGGACUCGCAGCUCACAGGAUCGUGGGGCGCCACCGGACCAGGAACGCGAAGAGAGCCCCGCAGUGCUUUCUUACGGGGGUGCGUCCCCGUGCCCACUGCGCACCCAAAAGGCAGGACGGGUCCUCCCCACCAUGCUGUCCCUCAGGCUACCGUUAGAGCCUCGAAUCCCAGACCACCCGUCACGCCACUGACUUCUCCACGGAGGGCUGCCGGACUCCCCGGUGUCCCCCGGGGUGGGGGCGGGGAGGAGGGCGCCUUUCCAAUAAACUCAGGACGCGCUGAUGUGUCCCCGGCCGAGCGA